AGGUAAAGACGAACACAAAUCAAAUCAAUCAUUACUUUUCAUCAUCCAAAUUCAUCUUUAGCUGUAACCCUAGCAGACGGUUUGGGAGAUUUUUUUUUUUUGUUAUAGAUUUGAAUUAGAUCAAGUAGUCAGAUAAUUAGGUUUAUCAUAAAUGUUGGUACAAAAACAACUAUUGAUGAAGGCGCUGAGGCGGAGCCACAUCAUUCUGGGGUCGAAUAAUACGACGCCUUCAUCGUCAUCUUCUUCGUGGGGUCAUUUGAGAUCGGUUUUGUUAAUCGUUGCUUCUUCAUCAUCAUCCUCGUCUUCCUCACUGGUUUCUUCUAAUCGCAGAAGCCUUACAUCUCCUUGGUCUAGAAGGAGAAGGAAGCACGCUCUCUUGGCCAAACAGUGGAAGGGUUUGUUUGAUGCUGAUGGGAGACUUUCUGAUGGAGGAGUCAAAUUUUUGAAGAAAAUCCGUACUGGGGGUGUUGAGCCUAGCAUACGGAUGGAGGUUUGGCCCUUCCUUCUUGGAAUGUAUGAUGUGAGAAGCUCAAAGAGUGAGAGAGAUGCCACUAAAGCUCAAAAGAGGAAAGAAUAUGCAGAGCUACGGAAACAGUGUCGUCAAAUUUCCAAACGUGCUGAAAAGAGUUUUAAAUUAAAGGAUGCAUCUGGAAACAAUAGCGAAGAAGAAGAUGGGGAAGAUAUCAGUCAAGUUUUUUAUUCUUCAAGUCUGGAUGAAGCUACAAGUACCAGACCUUCUCAAUCAACAGAGGUUACUAGUUCGUCUGUUGAGUUGCAUGGACACAGAGAGUUAGUGGAGCAGGAAGAAGACAACGGUGAAAUUACUAAUGAAAACACCUCUGAAGCUGAAACGGAUCCAUUGGAUUCUGAUUCCUCUGAUGAUCUGGAGGACACCAAAGCUCUUAUCACAUCAAUGGAAAUUGAAGAUGAUAAUCUUUAUGAGCCUGUGUAUUCAGCUCUUGGCAAUCUAAUCACGAGGCCUGUCUCUUAUAAAGUUGAAGAUUUUGCAACAUGGCAGCGGAUCAUACGCCUUGAUGCUAUACGGGCUAAUGCUGAAUGGGUAAUUUAUUCUCCUUGUCAAGCUUCAGUAUCAAAAGACAAGGCCCGACAACUAGCAGAGAGUAUUGGAUUGAAGGACUACGAUCAUCUUGAGCCAUCUAGAGUUUAUCACGCAGGUCGUCUUGUUGCUAUCCUUGAAGCUUAUGCUUUGUACGAUUCUGAGAUCGGUUAUUGUCAGGGUAUGAGCGAUUUGCUCUCUCCAAUUGUAUCCGUGAUAGAGGAAGACUAUGUGGCAUUUUGGUGCUUUGUGGGUUUCAUGCGGAGAGCUAGGCAUAACUUCCGUCUUGAUGAAAUUGGAAUCAGGAGACAGCUGAACAUUGUUUCAAAAAUCAUAAAAUGCAAGGAUUCACAUCUGUACAGGCACUUGGAGAAUCUUCAAGCGGAAGACUGUUUUUUUGUGUAUAGAAUGGUGGUAGUGUUGUUUAGAAGGGAGCUGACGUUUGAGCAGACACUUUGCCUGUGGGAAGUGAUGUGGGCAGAUCAAGCAGCAAUUCGAGCCGGAAUGAUCAAAUCUGCUUGGCGACAAAUGAGGCUAAAGGCUCCACCAACGGAGGAUCUGCUAUUGUAUGCAAUAGCUGCUUGUGUGCUUCAAAAGCGGAGGUUGAUCAUAGACACUUAUAGCAGCAUGGAUGAAAUCAUGAAGGAGUGCAACAGCAUGGCUGGUCAUCUCGACGUCUGGAAACUCUUGGACGAUGCUCAUGAUUUGGUAGUCACCCUCCAUAACAAGAUUUAGCCCAGGAGGUUUUUCAUUUUCUUUUUUUUUCUUCUUUCUUUCAUCCACACAGAAAAAAGUAUCUUUUGCCUUAUGAAUUUUCACUCUGUAUUAUUGCCCGCGCUAUGGACUCCCUAGUGAAGUGGCAACAUGCUCUAACAAGGAGAUCAUUUGAGUCGAGGUUGUGCUUUGAGUUUACCCAGACAUAUACAUAUUGAUUUCCAGAACAUCCUCUUUGAAAAUGAAAGUAAGCUAUUAAUCUCA